CCCCCCCCGCGCUCCCUCCCGGAGGGUCCGGCCAGGGGCGACACGAAGCUCGGCCGAGAGCACGCGGCGCGGCGCGGCGCCACCGCGCUCCUCUCCCGCGCCGGGCUCGCUUCGCCAGGGGCGCUGCCCGCCCGCCCGCCGGGGCACGCCGCGCUGCGCGGGCCAUGAGCCGAGCCGAGCCGAGCCGCCCUCCGAGCGCGGGUCGCAGAGCCAUGCCAGCGUCGCCCCUGCCUGCUCGCGUCCGGCUGGCGGUGCCGCAGCCCUGAGUUAACUCUGUGCCACUACAGAGAGCAGCAAUGGGAGUGUACAGUUUUCUAUUGAAAAGUUCUCUCAGGAGCUCAUGAUAUUUUCCAUCGCCCCUCUUAACAUUUCUACUACCCAGCAGCCAUGGCUCACCACGCAAGGCCUUCCAGAUUAGUCAAAAAGGAAGAGUUAGGCAAAAGGAAAACUAACCAAGGCAAAAAGAAAUCUAGCCAAGUGAGGAAAAAAAACACAAAGACUUCCACAAAAGCUGUUACUUCUGGAAAAUGCAAAAAGACAGCACAAGAAAAAGAUGUUAAGAAAAAACAGCAAGAAAAGAAACCAAUCAUGAGCUCAUCAGGUAGACUUCUCAGGAGCAGUGUAACCAGAACCUUGUCUGGAGCAUCUUGGGUGAGUUUGGAGAAAGCUGACAAUAUUCUCUUUCAUAACCAGGAUUCUUUCAACAUCAAUGGCUUUACAAUGUCUCUCCGUAACAGAUCAUUCUCCCGUAGAUUGGUCCAAGCUCCAACAAUUGCAAAACCCAAGAAAACUGCAGCACAGAAAAGACUAGAAACGAAGGAGAAGCAUGAACAAGAAGCCCUGGCGAUAGUAGAAGAAAAAAAUGUUGAAGCAGGAGAAAGCAUUUUGAAACAAGAUUUAGCACAAAAUGAAUUAGCUCCUCUUCCUGGAGAGGAUAUGCCAUGCAGUGCAGACAAAGAGCCUGCCAGCAAAUGUGAUAGUCAAGACAAAGAGAGAGAAAUACCUGAAACAAAUGACUCCCUUCCAAACAGUCGGGUAGCUGAUUACAAUACAGAAGUGUCAGAGGUGGAGUAUAAGCAAGAAGACCUGCCCUGUGAGCAGACACACAGCCAUCUCAAUACGGGUAGUUCAGUCGAAGCAUUUGCUGAAAAUGCUGUGCUUGUGCUUCCAUCUUCUCCUUCUGAUUCUAUAAUCACCUCUGAAUCAAACUCAAAGGUACUUUUAGAGACUCCCUUUGAUCUGGUGCCUAACAGUAAAGAACCUGAUUUUGAGUCCAACUCUAUCAAUACCUCAGACCUCAGUUCAGCAGUACCAUUAGAAGAGUUGGGCCCACUUGCUGAAUCCCAUGUCCAAACAGAGUUGGAUCUGGUGCUAGCUAGUAAAGAACAUGAUUUGAAUUCUACAUCUGUACUUACCUCUGAACCUAACUCACAGGAGCAUUUAGAAGACUCAAGCUCACUUGCAGAAUCCUGCUUAAAGGCAGACUGGGAUUUAGAGUCUGUGAAUGAAGAAGCUGUUUCAAAUUCUAACUCUGUUGCUACCACUGAAUCAAAUUCACUUUUACAUUUUGAAGGCUCAAGGUCAUUUACAGAAUCCCACAUAAAAUUGGUUGUGGAUUUCGUACCUGUUCACAAAGAACUUAACUCAGAUUCUGAUCUGAGCUGUACAAGGGAGAAUUCAGAAUCUGACUCAAAAAACAUAUUUUCAAUAUGUGAACCAGCUUCCAAUACCUCUUUAAACAAUAUUGAAGUGGAGGAAAUUGAACAGCUUGUUAAAUGUAUUGAUGUAGAAACGUCAAUUUUGAAUUCAGGUAAUGUCCCCACUUCAUCAUCUGAUGAGGAAAAAAGCACAGUGGAUAAAAUCUUCAGUGCAAGCUCUGGACAUUUCUCUGAAGGUUUUGUUUCAGUGUUGCCUUCAAGCACAGAAAUCUCUGCCCUUGCCUCUGAAAAAGCCAUAAAUGUAGAUUUGCCAGCUGACUCAAGACUGCAGCAUAAUGAUUAUUCAUCACAGCUGGAAAGUGUUGGAAUAAACUUGAAUUUGGUUCAGGACAACGUGAGCGACAGCACUGAAGCAGUAGAGGCCUCAGGGCCAUCCUCUCUUACAAAUCCGGCUUGUGAUUACCCUGUUCCAUAUUCAUCUUUGCUUCCUAUGCUAGAAAAAAAGAAACGAAGGCGUUGUGGAGUCUGUGAACCUUGUCUGCGGAAAACAAAUUGUGAAGAAUGCAGCUGUUGCAGGAAACGCAAAACUAGUCACCGGAUAUGUAAAAAGAGAAAAUGCGAAGAACUGAAAAAGCCACCGCCACCAAUAACGCUACCAUUUGAGGUUCUAACUGAAAACAAAAGACCUCAGAGGAGGAAGCAAAGAGUUUUUAAGGCGAAUUUAGAAAACAAACCAGUAAAUGGCCGCAGACCAGAACUCAUGGAAUGCAGUAUAUGUGGUCAUGGUGAAAAAUACAGGGUGAAAACAAACCAAACACUACCCCUUGAAAAUGUACAGUCUAAGGAGAAAGAAAGAAUGACAGGCUUAGAAGCAGAGAAUUGGGCACAUAACGAGAAGCCGUCUUUUGGUGUCCAUGUCAAUGGAGAUAUCCAUGGAACUGUGACAGGGAAUGAACACUUGAAAAAUGCUGAAGAAAGUGAAAGAGCAGUCUCUCCCAGUCAGUUAGCUGAGCCAAAAAAGUCAUUUGCACAAACCAUCAGAAAUGGCAUAAAAACCCUACAUUAUUCACCACCAGAAUCAGUUGUUUCCCUGAAAAAAGUAUCUGUAGAGGAAAGAACAGAUUUGACAAGCAACUCCCAUACGCAUUGGACAAAGGCUACUAAUCUGAAUAACAUUGUAAAUACCCUGACGACUGGUGUUAGUUGUGUUCACACAGAAAAACAAGGAAAUGUUUUCAUGAAACAGAAAAACUGCACUUGCGUGGUCCUUCAAGAUUCCGGUAAGGCGGUUUUGCAGACUGGUUCCGUUUCGGAUCUGCGAGAAAGUUUGUGUUGUCCUCCGCUGCCUGAAGAGGAAGCCCCUGCAGAGAAGGAUGGCAUUGAAACACCCAACCAAGAGACAAAGCAGGAGAAUUCUUCACUCCAGCCCACUUUCUUGUCCCUGAUUAAAAACAGAAAUUUAACUGUAGAGCAGGUUGUGGCUAUUGAAGCUUUGACGCAAUUAUCUGAAGCCCCGUUAGAAACAACUUCACCAGCUAAAACAGAAAGUACUGAAUAUACAGAAGAAACAACUUCCAGUUUGCUCCAGAGUUACAAAAGGGAUAUUUCGUCCUCCUUUACCUCGCCUACGUUGAAGGAAAUCAAAGAGACUUACUUGCAGAAUGAACAGCAGCUCUUGUCUCACUGUGCUGCCUCACAGAAGCAGCUCCCUAAUAAGGCAGUGUUGUACAAUGGACAAAGUUUGAUUUCUGAAUUGCAUGAUAAACCUGCCAAUCUGGCUGGUGAGAUGUAUAAAUUACACUUAUCCUCACAAGAUACCAAAACUUUAUCUGAUGUAACAUUGAAUGCAAAAUCAUUUUCAGGUCAUACUACCAAGAACAAUUAUAUGCACGAUCAAGUCGCCCUUGCCCGGUGUUGCAAUGCUUCAUGUAACGUCCAGCAAACAAAUAACAACUUGGAAAUUCUUGCCCAGUUAGAGCAAAAGCCAACCUGCAAUGAUUUGAACUUGAAAACUAAUUCUUUAAUUAAAGAAGGAGGAAUUCACAGCCAGGAUGAAGAGGAUGUAGCUACUCAACUAACUCAACUUGCAGCGUUAAUUGAAUCAAACCAGACAAAUCCAGAGCAGAAGAAUGACAUUAAGGCAUCGCUGCUCAAUCUAAUAUCACAUGAGAGGCAGCCGAAACAUAACCAAGAUCAGUGCCUGUUGCAGAAAAAAGAAACUGUAUUUCUUCGGCAUAAUUAUAGUUCCUUACUGUUAAAGCAAAAACAACCAACAAAUAAAAAAGGAAAUGCUGUACCAUGGAAACCAAGACACAAAAAAAAGCCUCAAGAAACACGCUACCAACAAAAUAAUCAAAACCAGCUCGAGCUGUUGCCAUGCCAGCAUAGUGAGUUACAGGACAUUUGGAUAUCAUCAAAACUGCACAGGCUUGGUCAAACCAUGCCACAGGACUCCAGAAUAGCUGCAUCAGAAAAAAAGUCUCCAAGAACCAAAGUACAGAAAGCACUGAAUCAAAAUACUUUAUCAUCCCAAGAAAAAACUAGGUUGUUUCUCCCACAAACUCAGAUAAAGUUCCAUAGAUGUUUACCUGAGGUACUGCAGGAGAAAACAAAAGACAGGUUGUUCGGCUGCGAAGCGGUGAAUGAGCAGAUCAAAGCGGGCACUGGUGACCCUGUACGUAUUGAUCCACUGAAAAGUGAUGUUAUUACAUGUAACCAGUAUAGUGACCUGCCCUCCCGUAAUCCUAUGGCUGUUUCACAGUUGAAAACAGCAUCCUUGUUAAACAGACCAAGUGAAAACGUGCAGAUGUUUACAGAAAAAAGUAAUUCUCAGGUACAGCAAGCAGCAAACGUUGGUCAGACACAUCCUUUGCCUCAGAUUCUUAACCAGUCCAACCUGAGAGCAAACGAAAUGCAGUGUGACGACAAAUCCUGUUUUCAGCGGGAUGCCGUCGACCAAGUAGACGCAAAGUCGCAGCCGCGGCCCGUUCCCUGCGGUGGGGCCCGUGUGCCAGGGGCCGCAGAAGCUCUCAGGAAUAUCGAGUGCGCAGGUGAAGUUACUGUUCUAACGGCGACGAGUUUUGGUACGGACCAGCCGCAGAGCACAGGGGACUCGGGGUGCUCUCCAGCAAAGAACACGCUCAGCAGUUUUCUUGAAUCACCUAUGAAGUUUCUUGACACCCCUACAAAAAAUUUAAUAGAUACACCUACGAAAAAAGGCCAGUCUGAAUUGCCAGCUUGUGACUGUGUUGAGCAAAUUAUAGAGAAAGAUGAAGGCCCAUAUUACACACACCUCGGGACUGGACCAAGCGUUGCUGCUGUGAGAGAAAUAAUGGAGAACAGGUAUGGAGCAAAAGGAAGCGCUGUAAGAAUAGAGGUAGUGGUUUAUACAGGAAAGGAAGGAAAAAGCUCUCAGGGGUGUCCAAUUGCCAAGUGGGUGAUACGAAGAAGUAGUGAUGAAGAAAAGUUGCUGUGCUUGGUACGUCAGCGUGCGGGACACCACUGUCAAACUGCCGUCAUAGUGAUUCUUAUAUUGGCCUGGGAAGGGAUCCCUCAUCUUCUGGCUGAUACGCUGUACAAGGAACUGACACAGAGUCUCAGAAAAUACGGCUGUCCCACAAGCCGUAGAUGUGCAUUAAAUGAAGACCGUACGUGUGCAUGUCAAGGACUUGAUCCAGAAACUUGUGGAGCAUCGUUCUCAUUUGGCUGUUCAUGGAGUAUGUAUUUCAAUGGCUGUAAAUUUGCCAGAAGCAAAAACCCCAGGAAAUUUAGGCUUCUGACUGAUGACUCUAAACAAGAGGAACUUCUUGAAAAUAAUUUGCAAACUUUAGCUACUGAUGUGGCUCCAGUUUAUAAAAAGCUUGCUCCUGAAGCUUUUCAGAACCAGGUGGAAAAUGAACACAUGGGCCCAGACUGUCGGCUCGGAUCCAAGGACGGUAGGCCUUUCUCUGGUGUAACAGCUUGCAUAGAUUUCUGUGCCCAUGCCCAUAAGGACACACAUAACAUGCACAAUGGAAGCACUGUGGUCUGUACGUUAACCAAGGAAGAUAACCGGAGAGUGGGGGUGAUUCCAAGUGAUGAGCAGCUCCAUGUGUUACCUCUUUACAAAAUUUCACAAACAGAUGAAUUCGGCACUGAAGAGGGCUUGGAAGCCAAGAUAAAGGCUGGGGCAAUACAGGUGCUUACAGCUUUUCCCCGAGAAGUACGAAUGUUAGCUGAGCCUCUUAGAGCUACAAAGAAAAAGAAACCAGACACGAGGAGGACCCCGACCGAAAAGCAGAUGUUAAUAGAUAAAAAAUACUCAACACCAGUGAAGCUGAAAACUGAAGCACCAGAAAAUCUUAGCAACACGUUACAUUGUUUAGGGAACAAAACAGAUGCUUUAAAACCUGGAAUAAAAAUGGAGACUUCCGAUCACCUCUAUGCCAUGAAACAUACUUCAAACACUACUAAAAAUUGCUCUUUAUUAAAACAGUAUACGGCUUCCUCCCCUUUUAAGGUGGAUAGUUUACAUCCGUAUUCAUCAUUAGCACAUAAGCCUGACAUAGCAGCAGUGACAAAUAUUCAACAAGAUUUUUCAGUUCCCUACGGGUAUUUUGAAUGCAGUAGUAAGCAACCUCACGUGACACCUUAUAUUAAUUGUAAGAACUUUGAUGUGUCGGUCAAAGAUUAUACUGGAAUUUUGCUGAAUGAUAAGGUGAAUGGUGUGCCACCAAUUCUUCCAGAUGUCACUGCUUCAGGCCCCCCAGCCCAUAAAGACCCCCUGCCCAGUAUACUUGAACAUCAGCCCGACAAACAGAAUUGUCAGCUUCAGUUAGACAAUUCUCCUUCUUCACAGAUGAUCAGCUCUUGUGAUUUGUCAGUACCGCUAAACUCUCCAGCAAAGGACGCAGUCGGAAACGAAGCUGACUGUUCUCACGGAUGCCCCGUGGAAAAGGGUAGCUCCCAUCAGGAACAGAUGUGUGACUUUGACUGUGCUGAUGAAAAGCAAAACAGUGCACUGGGACAACCGACUGAUUCUGAAGAAAAAGCUGAGGAACUGUGGUCAGACAGUGAGCACAAUUUUUUGGAUGACGAUAUUGGUGGUGUUGCUGUGGCACCUUCUCAUGGUUCUAUCUUAAUUGAAUGUGCAAGACGGGAACUCCAUGCUACCACACCUAUUAAAAAACCCAACCGAAAUCAUCCCACACGAAUUUCUUUAGUUUUCUACCAACACAAAAAUUUAAAUGAGCCAAAACAUGGUUUAGCGAUGUGGGAAGCAAAGAUGGCUGAGAGGGCAAAAGAGAAAGAAAAAGAAGCAGAAAGAUUAGGAACGGAAAAUACUGAACUAAACUCUAGCAGCAGGAAAACAAAGCAAACCAGUGAAAACAGAGAGAUUUUUUAUGAAGACAAUGAGUUCAACCAAAUUCCAUCACGCAGAGCAUUAACAGUAACUAAAGAUAAUGUAAUAACAGUAUCUUCUUACGCCCUCACACGAGUUGCAGGGCCUUAUAACCAUUGGGCAUAGGUUUUAGUAUCAAAUGCCUCCUCUUGGUGCAGUGUUACACAGUGUUUCUUUAAGGUGCUGUUAAAGAACAAGUCUCAUGUCGUUUACUAUUUGUUCAUCUCAACCAUUUUAAGGCUGAGGUAAAAAAAAAAGGGGGGGGGAAUUUCUUCUUAAACUGUGACUUUAACAUUUGGUGGUGCUCAAGCACAUUUUAAGCAAAAAAAGAAAAAAAGUUGUAUAGUUUUAAUACAUUCUAAAAAAAGACUUUGUUUAGGUUAUUAACCUUGAUUGAAUCAUUCAGUUUAUUACCUUUAGGAAUUUAUAUUUUGGUGCUUUAAAUCAAGUCUGUUUACUACAAAAAUCAUUUAUAGGGAUUUUAACAGGUUCACAUUUUAUGGUGUUAAAUCAAGUUAUACAGUAAUAGCUCUACACAGCUCUUGGUGCUUAACCACAUCAAACAGUUAAAAAUAAAUAAGCUGAAUUAUUACUUCAUGGUGCCAUUGCUUUAACAACUUCCAACCAUUGCUAUAUAGUCCAAAUUGCAGAUAAAUCUUUUAGAAAACCAAUGAAUUUUUUUUCUCUUUAGAUUUGUCAUUAUGUAUGAAAUGAAAUUAUUGGUAAUGAUGGCUGGAAGUUGUUUUUAAGCUGUAAAUAUAUAUUUUAAAAGCACUUUCUAUUUUUAAAAUUAACUUGAAAUAGUAUAGUAUAAGGAUCAUAUUGUCUAAGGUUUGUGCAUACUCUACAGAAGAAAUCAUUUUAUUCUUGCUGUGUAGAGUUCCAUAUUGUUACAGCUGCAGUACGUAUGCUAAUAGCAUAUAUGAUUGUUUUUAGACUUGCCCUUUUUCAUUGAAGAUUUUAUGUUACAUAUAAACAACCAUUAUAAAAUACAGAAACUUUUAUUAUUUGUAAGUGAUAAUACAAAUAUGAAAUUAAGAAACAUCUUGUCAAUACAUGUGUUGCUAUUGGAAGUUAGAAGUAUUAUUUGUUUUUUAAAGGCAGCAUUCGUUAUGAUUUAUUUGAGCAAUAAGUGCUUAAGUCUCAUUCAUUUGGAGCAUUUUAAGUUAUAUGACAACCAAAUGUUCCUAAUGCCUCAGGGGUAGGAUUGUUUUGGGAUAAAAAAUACCCCCUAGAGUUGCCUUAUUCUCUUCUGAAAAAAAUAAUUAAUACUAAUUUGGAAAAAAUACAAAACAAGUGUUGGAAAAGUAAGAAAUUUCUAACAUUUAACGGCAAAUUUGUAGUUGAGAAUAACCCCUCUGUAAUGUUCACCAGCUAAGGCUUUCUAAAUUCGAACAGUUUUUUACAAAAAUGUUUUGUAAAAGUUUUAACUGAUUUAUACAUUUCAUGUAGAAAGGGUUGUUGUAUUCUUCAUUCCAAACAUUUGACGUUUAUGUUCUCCGUUUCUGUUGAAAAAGUGACAUAUCAUGAAAUGAAUAUUUGUGAAACCAGAGGAAAAACAGACACUCCAUUACUUUCAAAUACUGUAGCAUCCCACUCUUCUCUCUGAUUCUCCUCUCCUAUGUAUUUCUUUUUUAAACUUAUUUAUUUAAACAAAUUACCAAAUGACAGCGUUAGCUAAGGACUGACCUCAUCCUGCACCUUCUUCCAUGCAAACACAGUUCUGCUUAACUGUACCUGUCCCGUCGGAGGCAGGAGGCCUGCUCGAGCGGGGACUCCUCUCGUGACUGAGAGCUGCAGGAUCAGGCCCAGAGACGAAGCUGUACCUUAAUUAUGCCUUGGGAUCCUCCCCGGCUGGGUGGCCCAUGGGUAUAAUGAGGUUGGAGUUUUCCAGUGUGAAAAUAUACUAAUAAUAUACUUGAUAAUAUUAUAAGUAGUGGUGCUGUAACAAAGGAAUAUGAAAUAUCUAGAUCCGCUUUAUUUAAAACCUAGACAAGGUGCUUUUUUCUUGAAAAGCUGAGCUGUAAUCAUUAUAUUUACAGUUUCGGUACGAAAAUUAGAUGAGUUGUAUUUUUAACACAUAGUGCCAGUUAGGACCUUGGUGCUACACAUACUUAAAUACGGCCCUAGAUCAAUGAGAUUAUUGUCCUGUAUAAAUGUAUACAAGUGUAGUGCUUGCAGGAGCCAGGUCAGGUCUGGAGUAGCAAUCAUGGUGUAACGAUCUUGGAUUCAAUUCUACAGAUUCCUGUUAAAAUUAACAAAAAUGUCGAUGGCAAAGGGUGGCGGAAUUGAACCCAUUCUUUGUAUCUUACCUAUUUUAAGUAAAAUUUGUAAAACCGGGUAUGCUGCAAAUUUUAGUUCAAAGCUUAAUAUUAGUUCAAAUAGAGGAUAUGAAGGGAUUGUAAAUAAUAAUAAAACAAAACCAAUAUUAUGCCAUCCUUUUGUACCAGCAGUUUUAUGCUUCUUGACUAUGUAAUAUACAGUAUACAUCAAAUCAUUAUGGUAUUUUGUGUGCCUUAGAUUUCCAUUUUAAAACUUGUAUAUUUUUGGUGAGCCUAAGAUUAGUAAGAAUUCCAGCUGUCCAUACAGUAAGUAGUACUGUACGUUCUCUAGCUGUUCCAUUAAUGUAUUUACUAUCUGAAACCCCUUGUCCUACAUCAUGAGAAAUCAUUUACAGGAAGGAAUAGUUUAUUGUUUUCACUGAUAGUGCUGAUAGCUUUAGCUUGUAUAAUGCAAACUGAAAAAUCAUUUCUCAUUCAGCACUCCUAUGUGAAUAACAGUUUUUCUACACAAAAUUAGUAAGUCACAGAGCCAUCUCUUUACCUUUUAAGAUGUUCCGAGCAUUGAAGUGGAUCAUUUUUACUUGAAUCUUCCCCUGCAAAGGUCCAUCUUUAACAUACGUAUGACUGGAGCCUUCAAGAUAAAAAUGUUCCAUUGAAAAACCAGCAGCUUCCCUCAAAGAACUGAGAAACGGAAUAGGUGCAUACAAAAGGAUACCUCCUAACAUAGCCCCUGGCAAGUCACCUCUCAAGUGACUGCAUCAGUAAGUCCAGGUCUACCUUAUUUGAAAUGGAAAUUUUAAAAGAGAAAAAUAUAUCUUAACAUAAUAGUAAUGUUAUUAACUGGUAGGUGCUAAAGCUCGCAGUUACUCCUCUAUUAGAGAAUACUUUACAUGAGAAAAAUACAUCAUCUGUACAACAAAAUAUCAUUUGCGGUGCUCUUUCCUUGACUGUCUUUUACCUAGCUAUUUUUUCAAAGCGUAUCUAACAGGCAGGUUAGCUGGCCACUCUGUCUCCUGGUGUGGCCCAUAGCAGGAAGCUAGUAUUUUCUAUUACUGUACUGCGGUAUAGAAAAUACAACUAUUUACUGUUUUUUUACAACUGUGUGCUAUUUAUUGUAACAUUUCAGAGUAUUUAUCAGUCUUGUACACAAAAUUAUAUUUGAGUUUGAGUAAGGUUAUCAUUUGAUAACAAUACUUGCCUCUCAACAGUCGCAAAUUUGUGGGUGUAUUGCUUUCUGGCCCACACAGCCACUCUGUAACUCGCUCUUACCCCUUAACAAAGUCCUUCCAGGAUGGCCAGGUCAGAAACUGGAUCCAAAAUUAAGGUGGCUGCAAAGGGCUAGGUCAGACCAACAUAUUUUACGUGGUUUCUAACAGCUGGCAUUAUGCUCUCAGUGAAAAAACAGUAGGUGGAUACAGGUGUGGGCUGAUGAUGGGAUGUAGCUGUCCUUGUACUUUUUCACAGUACCCUCGCAAAAACUGUCCUGAUCCAGCAUGGGACACCUGCGCUUACUGAUUUGUAACACGCUGUCUUGUAUUACAGAAAGCAACAACAACUAUAAAAUGUUUUUGUCACAAGACCCAAAAUGUUUUUAAAGAACUCACAAUUACUUGUGACUUGCUGGCUGUAACAGUUGUAUUCAGAUUUUCCUGUAAGGACUUUCUAAGCUAACUCUUAUUUAGGAAUAACUGCUGUUAGAAGUCCUUAUCUGAGCUAUGACAGUGCUUCUCUAUAUGUAAAGCAGGAAAUAACUGUAGUAUCUUAAGCAACAUUUUAUGUUAAGCAUGGGUAAAUGGCAACUUCUUUACUAGUUAGGAUUACUUGUAACAUACAGCAGCUUUCUUUCUUAAAAGAUCUUUUUAACAUCAUUGCAGUAUUACGCUAAAUUCAGUGAGUUAAAUUUGGGUCCUGUUUACAUUGCUGCAGCCCUGUUGACUGCAAUGUGCUAAUUUAUCAAGCUUUCAUGCAAUUUUCUUAUUUAACUGGCUGGAUACUGAUACUGUUGACCAAAGUUUGUGCCUACUCAGACGCUAGCAACCCUGCCACAAUUAAUAGGGCUUGCAAGGACAGAAGGAGAGAGAUUUGGAAUAAAAGUUCUUGUGCUUUUGGUUAAAUACAGAGGUUAAUGGGUAAUAUUGCUGGUAGCCAUGACUAAGUGAUUCAAGGUCUGUAGAAAGGUGUAAUAUCUUCACUAGAAGUUUUAAGGCAUGCAAAACCAUUGGGUCUAUUUCACACCCAUUUCAGGCUUAUAUUCUUGACACCUUUUUUAGUUUUUCUUAUUCAAUGGGUUGCUCAACAAGAAAGAGAUUUUAUGGAAACAAACGAAUAAAACUCUAUCUGCAUGUUUUAUAUUUAAAAUGUAAGGUUCAAACUGCCCUUAAUCUCCUAUGAAAAUUAUCUCUCUUUGAAAUUAGCUUCUUAUUUCAAGUGGUCAUCAGCUUUCUAAUCUACUUUUUUUUUAUAUAUGACUUUUCUCAAUUUUUGACAGAAAUCCUGUAAUCUCUAUGCACACAGGAAGAAAUAACCACACCCUCAAAUACAUGAAAAACUAAAUUGCAUGUCCACUUCCACACUUUUUAUACAUAACAGCAAUGUAUUCAUGCAGUGUUAAAUGAACACUCUUUCAGCUUCGUGGUGGUCAUUAAACUUCUUCACCAGCAAGAUCGCUGUGACAUAUCUUCCAUAAAAUUGUCAGUGUGUUUUAUUUCUCACAUAUGGAAGAUGUCUGCCUGUGCCCCAUGAUGCUAUAUAUCUUCUGAUCUUAAAUAAUAAAAUUAGAGAUGAGGAACAGUCCAAUCACACAUGGAAACAUUCUUUGGGUUUCUUCUUAACUUUGUCAGGUGGUAAUCUGACUUUCAGGAGGAAGCGUGGAGGGAGUCCCUUUCCACUGUAGAGAAAACGUCCACUGCUUAUUGUGACACCACGGUACUGGACUGCAGUGUCUGUGUCACAGCAUUGUGUCCCAGUGGUGAGGGUGUGUCAUCAUGUCACACAGCCAUGGAUAUAUGUGCAAAGUCAUCUGUUUCCUUUAGUUCCUUUGAGGACAGUCAUGUUUCCUCUGUUCUCUGUGUGCAUAUACUGGUUUCUUUUAAAAAAAAAAAAAAAAAGUGGUCACCUUUUCUUUACUCUGUGUAAACAAGGUAGCAAGCACUGCUGUCAUCACCAGUGUGCUCAUUCUUCCCAGGGUCAAGAUGCAGAAUGUGGAAAGCUAAUCAGACACAAAGCGUUAAUAAGUUACAAAGCUGUGAAGGGUACGGUUGGCUUUUGAGCCAGCCUUCUCUGUAUACAUUCAUGGUUGCUGGGGUAUUUCUUUUCUAUUGACAUUUUUCUUUGGUACAUCUUAUUUUAAAUACAUAAGUCUUUUUAAUUAAGUCCAUGACACAUUUGUGGCCGCCUUUGAUCUUAGAGUGGCCAGUGUCAGACGUUCUGAAGAUGUGCCUACUUAGUGUUUUUGUGGCUUCAGUGUCUUCUGGAAUUAUCUGAUAUCGUAGUCAGACAGUUUUCACAGGUGCUUUAGGUUGUCCUUCAGUACGUUGCUGCAAAAGUAUAAUUACAUAAAGGGAAGAGAUUUAUACUUGAGGUUUUCUCAAAGACGAAACAUUAUUAACAGUAAUACUUAAUCAGGCACCAAGAUACACAGAUCACUUAUUUCUUCUAAAGAGUGAUUUAAAACAUAUUUCAUGUUUAUUUUGUUGCCGCUAUAUUAAACAUUUUUGGUUAUUUCACAAGAGAGAGUUCAAUUUUUAGUCAUUUAUAUACUUGUUUCCUAAGUUAUUAAGUCUUUAUUCUCAAUAUAGCGCUGUAUUAUCUCCCUCAAGAACAUUUAAAUUUACUAGCCUCUAUUAGCAUGUAUUGCUUUCUAAUCCAUAGAGAUGACAGUGGUACUACAGCUACCUUUCUCAGUCUAAGGUGUCUUUAUGGAUCAUCUCCUGUGGUUACUUACUUCAGCUGUCAGCACUGGGUUGUACUAUAACCUGCUGCUGAACGCUUUGAACACUUAUAACUACUCUACUCUGUAGAUCUACUUUAGUACUCAGCAGUAGCAAUAUAGAUGUCAGCCUACUUGUGAAUUUUUUUUCUCUCAAACUGUCUCUGCUUUGUAUGUAAAUCAGCUAAUCUUCAUCUCAGGAAUACCAUUAAGAAUUUAUUAUUCUUGUGACUCUUCCAAAAUCUCUUUCUUUCAGUUAUCUGUUAUCUUUUAAACAGCAGUUCCUUGCUUCUUUUUUAUGAUUUUAAUUCAUGUUCUCCUAUAGGGAGCCUAGUAUAUUACAGUUUGAUAAUUUUUCAUUCUGAGAGAGGGACAUUCAUCAUCUUUCAUUAUCAGUGUUUUCUUGUUUCUAAGUCCAAUUAAAAUAUUUCCAAUUAAUUUUUUGAACUCGAUGUAAUUGUUAGACGCUGUUCUUAUAUCUGGAAGUAGCUGAAUAAAAGACACUUUGCAAUACUAGCAAAAACUGUCUGCUCACAGGCAUGACUCUGCAGAGCUGAAUAUUUUUGCUUCUGUUGCAAGCAUCUCUUUGUAAUGCCCUCUCUUCUUUUGAAUUACCCGAUCAGUUUUGUUCAAAUCCAGACAUAAGACAGACUCUGUAGACCGUGCACAAGUACAAGAGCAGAAGUGUUUCAUUGCAUCUUCUGGUUAUAUCUCUGUGCAGAGAUCAGCCAUAGUCCCUGUGAGAAGCGCGAGUAGUGUGUAAGUUAAAUGCCUUAACUGACAUUGAACUGCUUGGAAAAAGAGUGGAAGAAUGGAAUUUUUUUUGUUCUUCCCCCGUAGCAGCAAGUGGAACUGAUUGAGCUUGAGCAGAAAAUAAUUAAAUAUCAUCUGCCUUUUAUAAAAGGGUAGAGGAGUGCCAGCAUCACUGUUUUCCUCUUUUUGAGAUGCAAAGAUGUUAGAAUCCUUUUUUCACUCUAGUUCCCCAUUUCAUCCCGGUUUGCAGUGGCUAACCACAUACUCUUAACUUUAGCUUUAAAUGACACAAGAUGCUUCUCAAUGCUGUAUCCUUAAUUCUUCCCACAACAGCAUCUAUUCUCUUUUUUUUCUACUGGACCAUUAUACAUGUCAUUUUUGCCUCUGUAUUUAUAUUAAAAUGAUAGAAUCUUCCAACAGUGUAGUUGCAAUGAAUUCAAGAUUGGGGUGCUAAACAAGUUAUGUUAAGGUGACCUACCCUUGUUUGGUGUGACUGGUUGACUGCUAUUCUCAACGCUUUGCACACCGUACCAGCUUUCCUUAUAAAGUGGAAGGAUGCAGGUUGUAGACCUCAAAAAAGUACACAGGUAAGAAGCAGGACAGAUGUGGCAGUUAAUCUACAGAGUUACCAGUUACAGUAGAUGAACUGUAUUCCAAAGAAGCGCUGUUGCAUUGGAGCAAGGGAACUGUUAGUUUGACGUUCAGUAUUGCAGUUGUUGCCACAGAACAUUUUAAUUACUGUUGUGGAAAGUUUUGUGAAUUGAAUGAUUGAUAAAUAUUUUACAUGUAUAUCUGUAUUUUUAUUAUAAUAUUGUAAUGGAAAAAGGUCUAGGGUUUGGGUGUGUUUUUUUAAAAUAAGAAUAAAGGGCCUGAUUCUCAUUUAUACUACUGUCCUUUGCAUCACAUUAAAAGGAUAAAAGGGCCUUAACUGGAUAUCCAUUUAGCUUACAUCCUUUGGAAUAUCCCGUUACACUGAUCAUGGUAUAAAAGGUCAUUAGUAUAAAUGGGAACCGUAGCCAAAAGACUGAUUUGUACAAUCAUCAGAAAUCAAUUUCAUGAUAUCCCUACUGCACACACAUUGGCCAGUAACAUCCAAAUUAUUACUAGUUUAGAAAUACAGGUUGAAAAGAAACUGGUCUGGUUUAUUUUGUAACAGGUUAUAAGUAUUCAUUUAUAUUGGCUGUGCUUCUUCCAACCUUGUCUACAAAGAGAAUGUGGUAAAAGAUUUGUACCUCAGAUAAUGUCCUGGCCAGAAAUUAGCAGAAUUGUGAAUAAUGUUAGUUCCAAGUCUGGGCAAUCUUUCCUCAAAUAAUUACUUGCUUUUUUUCAUUAUUUGAUCCCUUUUACUUGAUCACAUAAAAUAGGGUUGUGAGAAUCUACUUAGCUCCAUUCUUUGCUGACUUAAGACCCAACAGGGUGUGCAGUACUCUGUGAUGUUGCCACAGUGGGGUGAGUUUUGAGAGACAUAGCUAAAAGCCAACACUUUCUGUCUGCCUUAAUUGUGGUGAUACUAGACAGUGAAAAAGUUGGCCCUGUUCUGUAUGCUUGAGUCAUGCAAAGCUUCCUUGCUGCCAAUGGGUGCAUUAUGUGAGCAUCAGGCCCCACUAUAUUCCAGUUAUGAAAUAUUUCUCUUUCAAAAAAGAGAAAAUAACAUUUUUGACAAGAAACAAAAUGCUUUAUUUUCUUUCUUAACUUUAUAAACUUUAGUGAUACUGUAGAGCCUAAUGAGAACAGAUUUUAUACUAACUUUGUGAAUGCCAGUUGUGUGAAUCCAUGCAACUCAAAAGUCAGUGUCUGAACUUUGUGAGUCUCUGGUCCUCUAAAUUAAAAAUAACUGUAGGCCAGAAAAGCAAACCUGAUAUCCCAAUAUCAUUAAAAGAGAGCCAGUUCUAACUAAUCCAAAUAUUUAGACGCUUCAGGCUUUAAAAAUUAAUUAUUCUAAGAUUAUUUGUUCAGUUUGGAAGAGGACAGCUCUUCAUAAUGUGACAGUGUUAUACCAGGUCGUAAAUGCUGUUCAAAACUUGUUAUCGUAAGAAAGAACAUUAAUUUGUAAGGGCACACCAUAUUAAAAUGCUAUGGCUAAUGAAUUUUUCCCUGCUAUAAAAAAAUUAGAUUAACAGUAUGCCAAAGCAAACAACAAAACAUCGCCAGGAUUUUCUUUUUUUCUUCCUCUCUUUCUUGCUUUCUUUCUCCUUCUUUCUUUGGGAUGCAUUUGAUAUUUAUUUUUGAGCUCUGAAUUUGAGGUUUUGGACUAUUUCCAGUUACCAACCUACUGUAUUUAGAUCUGGAACAUGAAAUAACUUUUUAAAGCAAAAGAAGUUUAUGUACAGGGAGAAAAAAAAAUCAGAAAGAAAAAGCACUUCAUUAUGUCACAGUAUUUACAGGAGAAAGUAUAAAAGUUACUUCCUUUCUUGAAAAAUAUUUGGGGCCUGAUUCCCUCCUGGUUUAACUGAGCAUAGCUUCAUCAGGCUAAUGGAGCUGUGAAGAGUUACACUAGCUGAGGAACUGAACCUUAAAAUCUUCUUUGCAGACAAGGGAACCCUUACCAGCAGUACUUGAAGACUUGUGAGUUGUGACUGCAUGUUACUUGAAAGAUCUAAUUAAGCUAUGUUUUUUGGUGCAAGCAGUUGUUGUACAUGAUUUCAUGUUUAUGUAGCAAGAUGCAUUGAAAUGUUGAUACUAGUAUUGAAACAUACAUGUAAAAAUUGUUGUUGUGGAAAUUGUCUGUUCUGUUCUAUUUUUCUUGUGUGUCUCAUCUGUUUAGAACGUAAACUUUCAUUUUUUAUUGUCCUAACUGAAUAAGGCUAAAUGAAUACUGUAAUUGAAAAUAUAUUUUAAAUCUUGUCAUGAGUUUUUAAAAAGACUAUUACAAAUUGUAUCAUUCCUGAUUACACAGAACUUUGUGGGUGGUUUUAAAUAAAUUUUAUACUUCUAUUUUGCA